AUGCCACUCUUCAUAAACCGAGACCAGAUAUUUGCGCACCAAGUGCACCUUCUGGAGCACAAACUGCGGUGUCUGGGGAAACUUCGUCGGGAUCAUGCAGAAGAGGCAGAAGCAGAAGCCCAGAAGCGUUGGCAACACCAGAGAGUUGUGCAGCAAAGCACCCAGUCUGCCCUGGCCAAACUCCUGUCUGAAGUUCAGAUUUUGAAGCAGGACCUGAGAGAGGUGUUUGCGGUAUAUGUGAACUUCGCCACUGAGUUGGAGAACCAGAGCAGGCUGCUGCUGGAACAAGUCGGCCAAGCCAGCUUCGCCCUCCAGGGCCACCAUGGCAAUGAUGUGCACAGUUUGCAGGCUCAGAUGGAGGCUCUAGAGUGCUCUCUACAGGAGGAGAAGGAGCGGAGCAGGACUGAGAGGGAGAGGAGGAAGAUACUUCACAACACCUUGGUGGAGCUGCGGGGGAACAUCAGGGUCCACUGCAGAGUGCGUCCAGUCCUUCCCUUUGACGAUGGCCAGGGAUCAACAUUAGCAAUAGGAAUGGGGAACCCGGGGCUGAACAAGAUGUUUGAGUUUGAGAGGGUGCAUGGUCCUGAGGACUCCCAGGAUGUCGUGUUUGAGGAAGUGAAGCCUCUCCUCACAUCUCUGCUGGACGGGUAUAACGUGUGCAUCAUGGCGUACGGACAGACAGGCAGUGGGAAGACACACACCAUGAUCGGCUCCCAGGCUGAGGACCCCUCAGGACCACAGGGGGAGGCCCGGCAAGGCGUUAUUCCCAAAGCAGCCACUGAACUCUUCAGGCUGAUAUCGGAGAAACCUGCUGAGAGUCACACGGUGGAGGUGUCUGUGGUGGAGGUGUACAACAACGAGGUGUUGGAUCUGCUGGCUAAAGACGAGGACGGGGUUGCCAUGGGCGCCAAGAGAGACGUCAUCACUACCAGCACAGGGACCAGCGAGGUGCCCUUACUCUCCUACGUGUUGGUGAGAAGCUCAGCAGAUGUGAUGCAGCUGAUCAGUUCUGUUCUGAGGUUGAGGGCUCGCUGCCCUACACUGGUCCACAGAGACUCCUCACGCUCUCAUCUCAUAGUCACCCUCACUGUCUCCUCCAAGAGCCCCAACGCACUGGCCCUGGCUCGUAGGUUGCAAAGUGUCAAGAAAGACAUGCAGCGCAAGGCCCAGAAGGAGUGGUGGAGCCCCCGCUGUCGCCGUGCCAACCCAAUGGCCCGCCAAUCGGGGGACGAGCGUUCCGCUAGUUCCUCCUCCUCGCCCUACCACUCCCCCAGCCACUCCCCCAUUCACUCCUCUUGCCCCUCCCCCAGAGCCAGCACCGCCCAGGCUCCCUUCAGGACCAAACUACAGCUGGUGGACCUUGCAGGUAGCGAGUGUGUGGGUAUGUCAGGGGUGACUGGCGCUGCCCUGUGGGAGACGUCGUGUAUAAACCGCAGUCUGUCUGCUCUGUCUGACGUACUGGGAGCUCUGGCAGAGCAACGGCCACAUGUGCCCUACAGAAACAGCAAGCUCACACACCUACUGCAGGAUGCCAUCGGUGGGGAUGCGAAGCUGCUGGUGAUGCUUUGUGUCUCUCCCACCCAGAGGUAUAUGACUGAGUCUCUACAGUCUCUGGGCUUUGGCACGCGGGCUCGUCAGGUCCAAAAAGAUACCCCUCGCAGGAAGAACAUUGCCCUCAAACUGAAGUAA